AUCGCAUCAUCAGUCGCAACCGAACAACGAACAGUACAGGCGACACAGUGGUUGUGCGUGGCAGCAAUCCUAAUAUAGUGCACUGGUGUACUAUAAUAAUUCAAUUAUUGUUGUUGUGUAGCUUAAUCAGUCUUUAUACACAGUGAUGCAAAUGUGAAUUAAGUGUGAAAAUGACUGCAAAUAAGCCCAAUGAUACCAGCACGCCCACUGGCACAGUAUUACUUGAGUGGAAGAAUCUUACAGUUAGUGUACGAUCCUCCUCCUCCGGUCGGCCAACCUCGGACACCGGAAACCAGUGGUACGGACGGCCAGGACAUCAGCAAAAGAAAGAACUCACAUUGCUUCGGAAUGCCAGCGGUGCGGUCCGUUCCGACAACUUGGUAGCGAUCAUGGGCCCAAGUGGUGCUGGCAAAACAACGCUGCUGGCCGCCAUCUCGAUGCGUAUUACGGGCUCCACCACCGUCCACGGGAAGGUGCUUAUCAAUGGGCUGUACGUGACCAGGACGCAGAUGAAACAGCUGACCGGGUUUGUGCCGCAGUACGAGAUCGCCCUACAGACGCUGACCGUUGCCGAGCAUCUAACCUUUGUGGCGAGACUUAAAAACGUCGGAUACGUCGCAGUGCUGCGGAUCGUCAACGAGCUCGGACUGCAGGGCUGCUGGGGUACGCGCAUUGCCCAGCUGUCGGGUGGAGAGCGGAAGAAGGUGAAUCUGGCCGGCGAGUUGCUUACCGAGCCGGAGAUUCUGUUCUGCGACGAGCCGACGACGGGACUGGACAGCUUCAAUGCGGCCUCGGUGAUGAAAACGCUCCAGUGUCUGUGUGCGAAUGGGCGCAGGGCGGUUAUCUGUACGAUACACGACCCACCGUCGCAGGUGUUUCAGUGCUUCAGCGAUGUGAUCCUGAUGCAAGAUGGCGGGACCGUCUUCUACCAGGGACCAACGGCCGAUCGGAUAGACUUUUUCAACUCCAUUGGCAAGGAGGUGCCGGCGAAUGGCAAUCCGGCCGAUUUUUACUUCCAGCUCGUCAGUCCGGGUGCGACAACGUUCGCGGCCAGUGAGGCAGAGGAAGCAAUCCAGCGGUACGAGAUCGUACGCAAAGCCUGUCGGCAAAACAUUGCGCGGAAGUGCUUGAUGACUCGAUACCAUCAGGCGAAAAUUAUCCAAAAGUUGGCCAACGAUAAGCAUCGCGUCUGUCGGGCGAAGCAGCUGAUGAUCCUGCUGCAUCGUACCACGCUGGACAGUAUGCGAAAGUUGCGCGAAUAUCUUACGGUGACGGCAAUAUUUUUGUUUACCAGCGUUGUGAUAGCGUCACUGUACUACGACGUGCGCCCAGUUUCGCAGACCUCCAUCCAGGACAUUCGGGGAGCACUGUUUCUGAUGAUAAGCGAGCUAGUGUACACGAUCAGUUACGGUGUGUUUUACACAUUCCCUGCGGAGAUGCCACUGAUCCGCCGGGAGGUUGGCGAGAAGAGCUACACCCUUUCCAUGUACUACCUGCACAAGGUCCUUUACAGUGUGCCCAGAGCGUUCUUUGAGUCGUUUCUGUUCAUCGGCGUGGCUUAUGCGUUCGUUGGCUUUUCGACGGACUUUAUCACGUACUGCUGCAUGUCGCUAGUGUCCAGUGGGGCGAGUGUGCUUGCCAUGGCAUACGGCUAUCUGCUUUCCUGUACAACCGGCACCAUGAACAUGGCGAUCGAGACGAGCAACAUCAUCUUUUUGGCGUUUAUGCUUCUUGGCGGUCUCUAUCUCAACCUUCGAGCCUUUCCGCUGUUGAAGUAUCUGUCGUUUUUCUUCUUCGCCAGCGAGGGUGUCUCCGUGUACUACUGGUUGCCGAUCGAGUCGAUCCCCUGCAAUGGUACGUCUUCGAGGCUGAACGAAACGAUCACCUGUCUAGCGAACGGGCAAGCCGUGCUGGAGGAUGCCGGGUAUGCUACCACGUACGAGGCCCUGCACCUCAACUACCUCGUCAUGACGGUGGAAAUUGUCCUCGUACAUCUGGUCGCGUACAUGCUGUUGCGGAAGUUCGUCCGUAAGGCGGGAUUCUACUAAACACCGCCAAACAACGAGAUCGAGCGCGAUUAGAGAGAGCAAUAGAAGUGUUUUUACCAGC